UUUAUUUUUUACAAAUGUCAAACCGUAACGUCGCACAGCUAAAUACGGGCCUUCCAUUUUAAUUACUGGUUCUUGAAUUGCAUAUUUAAAUAAAGAACAUUUGGAAAUGGGCUCGAGUGCUAGGAAAUCUCGUCUUUUACGCGAAGUAAAGAAUUUCGAGACUAAACCUCCAUGGGGCAUCACCUGUAAACCGCAGAAGGAAGACAUUUACGACAUUCUGCUGGUUACUUUGCAAGGACCUAAAGGCACACCUUACGAAGGCGGUACAUUCAAAUUAGUGGUCACUAUACCAGACAAAUACCCUUUCGAGCCGCCGCUCGUGAAGUUUACGACACCGGUGUAUCAUCCUAAUAUUGAUGACAGUGGACGCAUCUGCAUGGACAUGCUGAAGAUGCCACCGAAAGGCACCUGGUCUCCCACCAUGACACUGGAGACGCUCAUGGUGUCCCUACAGACACUCAUGGCUAAUCCCAACCCUGAUGACCCUCUGAUGGUUGAUGAAGCUUAUGAAUAUAAGUAUGAUAUUGAUAGAUUUAUGAAACAUGCUAGGAAAUUUACUGAAAUGCAUGCUAAGAAGUCUAAAUAGAUAUGUAUUGUAUAGUUAUUUAUUAAUUAUUUGAAUAAGAUUUACAAUAAGGUAAGGUAAUGAUUGCCUUAUAGAUCUAUUGCUGAUAUUAGGAUAUUUGUGUCUGGAUAGUGACUGCCAUACACAAAGUCUAAAAACUGCCAUAAUGAUUAGUUCCAGGAUCCACCUGUUGAUCCAGUUUUGAUAAGGGUUUUUUAAUUGUGUUAAUUUUUUAGGGAUAUCUCACCACUUCACUUAUCAUGAGGUGGAGUAGGCACUUUGUCUCAUAAUAAUAUCUAUUUGGUCCUGUAUUCACCAACAUACUUAGCUGAGUAUGGAACAAUGCCGUGAUAAUAAGUCUGUUUUCCUAUGUUAUCAUGCCAGCCUAUACUAUGGGUAGGCAUAAGUGUGCUGUGUUUGGCUAAUAUUGAUACAACUGCAGUUGGCUGUGAGGUAAAGGCUGAUUAGAAUUGAAGAAAACUAUGAAAUUGUCGACACAAUGUCUUUCAGCGCGCUGUAUGUCCUCACAGUAUUGUUUAUGUAUAUGGGUUUAAAGUUUAAACCAUGUUGUUCAGAGUUUGAAACUUUUGUAUGAAUACCCCUGGCUGAUUAACAUAUAGAUUCAAUUCUGGUAUAAAGACAGCUGAUUGUUGUGUAAAUAUUUGCUUCAAGUAUUGUAUUGUUGGAUUGAGAUUUGUCGUCAUUCCUGAUGCAUUUGAUACAUGAUAUUCAGCACUGUAUAUUGUAUAACUAUAGGUUUGUAACUAUAUCUGUGAUUAUACAGUACUCUGCAGUCAACACUACACAUGAAGCAGUACAUUUUUUUAUUUUUAUAUGUUUAAUUUUUUUAACCUAGCGCUUGUUACAGUUGUCUGUUAUGAAAAUUGCAGUUAGUCUGGAUUUUUCUUUGAAAAUUUAUUAUUUGAGUGCAAUAUUGUUAAUUUUGUUGGUUAUUCUUACAAAGUAAAAUAAAUUAUAGUGGAAAUUUUGGUAAAACAUCAUAUAAAUACAUAUAGUAACCCUGAAAAAUACAUACAAACUGAGUACAUUUGUGCAGUCAGAUUAAAACAAAUAUUAAACAAGAAACUUUCCAAAGUCAUUGUGUAAUAUUUAUUGCUAAGUAUAGUAGGUCUUUCUUUAUAGUUCAUAUUAUGUGUGUUUUCUAAUUUAUGAACCAACACAAAAGACAAUAAAUUUAACAACUUGCCAGCUGCCAGCAGUUAUCAUGUUAACAUUACAAUAUCUUGUCCAUUUUUAAAUCUAUUGUUUAGUUUUAUGAUAUUUAAUUUAUUGCUGCUACAAAUAUGUGGGACUUAAAAGGAUUGAAUAGAUAAACAUUUUAUCUAUUAGGUUUUUUAUUCCAUUUUUUAAAGUUUAAAAGCUACUAGUUAUACACUUAGGGCCGUAUUUAUAAGCGAUCUUACUUUUGAGUAGGAUCUCAAGUAAACAUUUACAGUCUUUCUUAUAAACUUGUUUUUACGUUAAGAGGUGUUUAAGAAUUGCUUAAAUAGUUGUCAAAAAUAUCACCAGGUCCUAGUUUAAACUAUGAAGAGGCAAAAUCGUAGGUUUUGACUUACACCUGAUCGAGGAAAUUUGUGUUUUAACUAAGCAUAGCCUUACGAAUUUUUUAUAAAUAAGACUGUUAUUACAUUGAACUAUUUAAACAAUACGUGAGCGUCAAUUGAGCUGUUAGCUAAGUUGGCGCUGUAUUCUAAACAAAACUCAGCUGUCAAUUCCUUCAUAUACUGUGACUUAAGAUAUAAUUUCAGGACAGGACAGGAUGCUGACUUUAACAUGAUAGGAUCUCAGUUGAUAUCGCACUUAUGAGAAAAAUUGAAUUGAAUCUAUUAAUACGGCUACUAAACAGGGACUGGAAGAGACUUUAUGACGUACUCCAAAGGAUAACAUAAACAUGAACAGUAGAAACUGGUUAUAACGACUCCGCUUAUAGCGACACAUAGGUUAUAACGACUAAAUAGUUAGGUCUUUAAAUAAACGCAUAUAAAAAGCGUAUCGUUUAUAACGACUAUCGGAUAUGGCGUCCAGCUUCGGUGAUCCCUUAGAAGUCGCUAUAACCGGUUUUCACUGUACUUGUGUAUCAAUUCAAAACUCAAACUUUAAAGCAAUAAUCUGUACAAAAUGUACUGUAAGCAGGAUAACUAAGAUCCAUUUUUUAAUCUUAAGAGCCACAACUGCCAAUUGUAUACCCAAAAGGACUGCAUAUCAAUAAAUUUUCAUUAAAUGAUAAUUUCAUUAAGGAAUGAUUUUUCCAUCUCAUAAAAAAUAUUCAUGCUAUAAAUUAUUAUAGCCAAAUAAAGUAAGAACUGAAUAGUUUUGAACAUAUUGUAAUUUUUAUUUAAUUAUAUAAACAGCUUUAUCUAACAAUUGAAAAAUUGCCAACAAGUCCAGUACUGCCUAUACUGUGAUAUAGUGCUGCGUUAUAUCGUAUAUUUAGGAUUCAUUCGCAUAUAAUAAAUGUUAUUGACUUUUUAAAAGUACUACUCACAAUAUUCUACCACUCAAGAGAAAGACAAAGCAAGUGACGUCAAUAGCUGUAAUUUUUUGUGUUAAUCUGUGUAAAAAAAUACCACUAUUGAAAACAUAUUUGCUUCGUCUUCUAACUUUUUCCAAUAUGUAGUUGAUAUGCAUCACAGUUUGUUGAUGCUCUAUGCCUUUCAUGAUAUCACUAAAGUAGAUAUCAAUGGUCUGAUAUUGAUGUAUAAGAAGUGAUAAUACUUGAAUAUUUGUAAUAACUUCUUUUUAUCUGAUAUUUGUAAUUAAAUAAAAUAUCUUAAAAUAAA